AUGGCAAAAUUAUCGCAAGCCGAACUCUCUAUCAUCACAAAAUAUCCUUUGGCUGACUCGCUCGAUCGUGUACGUGACUUGCUCCAAGAUGCGGAACGGCUAUCCCUAACAUCCUACGACGGCGCUGACGAUGACCCUGAUGAUAUCCGCCAAACAGCGAUAUCAAAGCUUUUAAUCACUUUAAUGGAUGAAAAAGCUGCUUUAAUCUCCGACCCCCGAUAA